CUGACUAACUUCCCUCCUGGCUGAAUAAAAGUCUUACCUCUUAAAAAGAAAAUCGCAUUUUCUCAUCAUGCUGCGGGUCAUUGUAGAAUCUGCUUGUGGGAUCCCUAAAAAGAAAAUUGGAAAUCCGGAUCCAAUAGUUACUGUUAUUUUCAGAGGUGAGAAGAAGAAAACUAAAGCAGUGAACAAUGAGUUAAAUCCAGUUUGGAAUGAAAUCCUUGAGUUUGAUCUUAAAGGUGCUCCUUUAGACUCCUCAUCGUUCAUCAGUGUGGUUGUAAAGGAUUAUGAAACCAUUGGAAAACACAGGUUAAUUGGCUCUGCACAAAUCUCACUGAAAGACCUGGUCAGUGGUCAAGUAAAGUCUCUCCCAUUUAAGAACGUACCUUUGGCCAACGAGAAGCAACAGCCUAUCGGGGCCACAAUUAAUUUGCUCGUUGGGUAUGACUGUCCUGCCAACAGCAGUCCAAACCCAAAUGAUCAAGCUAAUGUGGACUCAUCCUUUGUGGAGGCUGAAGGCAAAGAGGAAGAUUACGAGGGAGAGGAAGAUGUGGACGGAGCGGGACAGGCUGGAAGUCCAGGAGCUCCUCCUUUACCCAACCAGCCUGGAAAACGGAGCAACAAGUCUCAGCGUUUCAGCAGAAAGAAGCCCAGAGCGCUGCCCAACAAGCCUCAGGACUUCCAGAUCCGUGUUCGUGUUAUCGAGUGUCGUCAGCUUCCCGGCAACAACAUCAAGCCUGUGGUGAAAGUGAGCACAUGCGGACAAACUCACAGGACUAGAAUCAGAAGAGGACACAACCCAUUCUUUGACGAGAUGUUUUUCUACAACGUCACCAUGCUGCCUUCAGAGCUUUUGGAUGAGAGCAUCAGUCUUCGAGUCUAUGACGCCUUCUCCCUCAGAGCAGACAGUCUGAUGGGAGAAUUCAAGUUGGAUGUCGGCUACAUCUAUGAUGAACCUGGUCAUGCCAUAAUGAGAAAAUGGCUCUUGCUGAGUGAUCUGGAUGACUCCUGCUCAGGGACGAGAGGUUACCUGAAAGUCAGCAUUUUCAUCGUGGGCACCGGAGAUGAGCCACCGACCGAGAAGAGGGAGCUGAACGAGGAGCAGGACGACAUAGAGGGUAAUCUUUUGGUGCCGGCAGGCGUCACGAUGCGAUGGGCUACUCUGAACCUUAAAGUCUACCGUGCAGAAGACAUGCCGCAAAUGGACGAUGCUUUUGUUCAGACCAUGAAGCAAGUCUUCGGAGGGGAUGGGGACAAGAAAAACCUGGUUGAUCCAUAUUUGGAAGUCAGCUUCGCUGGAAAGAAGCUCUGCACCAAAAUAAUGGAGAAAAAUGCAAAUCCAGAAUGGAACCAAGUUAUCAACCUUCAGUUCAAAUUCCCAUCUAUGUGUGAGCGCAUCAAGCUGACCAUGUAUGACUGGGAUCGUCUGAGUAAGGAUGAUGCUGUAGGAACAGAGUUUCUGAAUCUAAACAAAAUGUCUUACUAUGGAGGAGAAAUGGAAGAAACACAAACAGAAAGCAACAACAAAGUCUCUGAAAUGAGCCUCACAGUACCAGAAGGGGGGUUUCUUCCUGCGUUUGGACCUUGUUAUGUCAACUUUUAUGGAAGCCCGAGGGAGUUCACCGGCCUGCCUGAUCCAUAUGAGGAACUCAACUUUAGAAAUGGGGAAGGAGUGGCAUACAGGGGGAGGGUCCUGGUUGAACUUUCCACUCAGUUGGAUGGAAAGGUUGAGAAGAACGUGGACGACAUCUCAAAUGAUGACAUCCUUGUGGCCCAGAAAUACCAGCGGAGGAGGAAGUACUCUCUGUGCGCUGUUUUCCACAGUGCCUGCAUGCUCCAAGAGCUGGGUGAGCCAGUCCAGUUUGAGGUCAGCAUUGGGAACUAUGGUAACAAGCUGGACACCACCUGCAAACCCCUGGCAUCCACAACCCAGUACAGCUUUGCCAUGUUUGAUGGUAAUCACUAUUAUUACCUGCCCUGGGCCGACACUAAGCCUGUGGUGAUCCUUACUUCAUACUGGGAGGACAUCAGCCACCGUCUGGACUCGGUUAAUGUCCUCCUUUUCAUUGCCGACCGACUGGAGUCCCACCUUACCAGUCUGAAAACAGCCCUGUUGGCCAAAGUGUCUGAGGCACGUUUGAGAGAGAUUUGGCUCAAACUCAUCGACCACUUGAUCGAGGACUUGGACAGUUUGCAGCUUCCGGCUCUAGACGGUCAGCCUACCAUUACAGCACUUGAUCUCCAAAUCAAGACUCUGCGCGACGCUGCAGUGGGCAGUAUGAGGCAGAUGGCCAGCUGUGUGAGAGAAGAGGCCACAGAUGUCAAGUCCACUGUUGUGGACAUUGAAGAGUGGCUGGAAAGAAUCAGGCAGCUGGCUGAGGAGCCUCAGAACAGCAUGCCAGAUGUGAUCAUCUGGAUGUUGAGAGGGGAGAAGCGGGUGGCGUACGCCCGAGUCCCGGCCCACCAGAUCCUGUACUCUAAAUUUAAUGAGCAGGCCUGUGGCAAGCACUGUGGAAAGACUCAGACCAUCUUCAUGCAGUACCCCAUGGAUAAAAACAAAGGCGUGAAGAUUCCCGUUCAGCUCCGGGUCAACAUGUGGCUCGGUCUCUCUGCUCAUGAGAAGAAGUUUAACGCCUUCUCAGAGGGAAACUUCAGCGUCUACGCUGAAAUGUACGAGAACCAGGCUCAGGUGUUUGGGAAGUGGGGAACCACUGGCCUCGUCGGUCGUCACAAGUUCUCAGACGUGACCGGAAAGGUGAAACUCAAACAGGAACGCUUUCUGCCUCCGCGAGGCUGGGAUUGGGAUGGAGACUGGUUUGUUGACCCUGAGCGAGGCCUGUUGACAGAAGCAGACGCAGGGCACACGGAGUUUGUAGAUGAGGUCUUUCAGAAUGAAACCCGCUUUCCUGGUGGAGACUGGAAGCCUGCUGCAGAACCUUACACAGACGUGAAUGGAGAAAAGUCUCAGAGCCCAGGAGAUUUUGAUUGUCCACCUGGUUGGACCUGGGAGGAUGAGUGGAGCUUUGACAGUGACAGAGCUGUGGAUGAGAGAGGUUGGGAAUAUGGAGUAACCGUACCCCCCGAUGAUAAACCCAAAUCCUGGGUGGCAGCAGAGAAAAUGUACCACAACCACCGCAGGAAGAGACUCCAAAGAAAAAGAAGGAAGGUUUCUGAAAUCACAGCUCCUGCUGAGAGAAGAGAUCCAGGUGAAGGCUGGGAAUACUCCUCUCUGAUUGGCUGGAAGUUUCAUCGAAAGGAGCGCUCCUCCGACACGUUCCGACGCCGCCGCUGGAGGAGAAAGAUGGUCCCGUCAGACUGCAUCGGCGCCUCUGCCAUCUUCAGACUGGAAGGAGCAUUAGGGGUUGAUGUUGAUGAGAAGACCAGCAAAACGGAUGCAGCUAAACUAUUUGGUGCCAACACCCCCACUGUUUCCUGCCACUUUAGCCGGUCGUACAUUUACCAUCUUAGGGUGUACGUUUAUCAAGGGAGAAACCUCUGUGCGAUGGACAAAGACAGUUUCUCAGAUCCCUAUGCCCACGUGUCGUUUCUGCACAUCAGUAAAACCACUGAGGUCAUAAGGACCACCCUGAACCCCACGUGGGACCAGACCCUCAUCUUUGAGGACAUUGAAAUCUUCGGAGACCCAAAAACUCUGGCCUGUAACCCUCCAGAUGUAGUCCUGGAGCUCUACGACAGCGAUCAAGUGGGCAAGGAUGAGCCCAUGGGCCGCUGCGCUUGUCCUCCUCUGGUCAAACUGAAUCCCAGUGUGGCUGUCAGUCCGAAGCUGCUGUGGUUCCCAGUCACCAAAAAGGGCCGCAGUGCUGGAGAGGUGCUUCUAGCUGCAGAGCUUCUACUAAAAGACAAGGUGAGUGAUGGAGACCUGCCUCUGGUGCCGCCUCGACGGGGGGAGAAGCUUUACAUGGUUCCUCAGGGGAUCCGGCCUGUAGUGCAGCAAACUGCAAUCGAGGUUUUGACUUGGGGUCUGAGGAACAUGAAGAGCUUCCAGCUGGCGACCGUGUCCUCCCCCAGUUUGAUUGUGGAAUGCGGCGGAGAGAUCGUUCAAACGGCCGUGAUCAAGAACUUCAAAAAGAACCUCAACUUUCCUGGAUCUGUGCUCCUCCUCAAAGUG